AGUUUUAUGACCAAAGGGGUGAGAGAAAAAGAAAGAAAAAGCCAAUAAAAUGAACUGAAUUGAAUAAAUAAUAUUAAUGGACCUCAAGAGUCCAAAUUCGAAAUCCAAAGUAUUUGCCCUAUUUUAAUUCUUUUCGCAAAACCUGUACGAAGCAGGUUCCAAAUACCUACCAGAAAGAAGGCAUCGAACUCGAAGGUCCAAUUAGCUUCUCGGGUUCAUUUCCAGGCCCAAUCUCGCUUUCUCUCCGGUGAAGCAGGAAGAUACAUAUCAAAAUCAAGAUGGUUACUGUUGAAGAAGAUAAAGUGGUUGCGACCCCUGAUGUGAAAAAUGCUCCAGUCAGUACUGAUUUUCAACCUAGCAAUGAUCUGGCUAAUUCGGAAAAUCAGUCUGACCAUAAUGUGGAAAAUUCUGAGUCUCAGCCUAAUAAGGAUCUCUCCAGUUCCAAAGCAGAAGUACUUCCUGCAUCUGAAACCCAGGCUUCUAGUGCCGAUGCAAAUGAAGGGACAUUGCCCAACCGUGAAUUAUACAACACUGAAGAACUUCCUAAUAGUGAGUCAGAGAAUCCCAAGUUACUGCCCGACAACCAAUCAAGCAAUGAUGAGGACCCACACAGCAAUCAGCAUGUUGAGUCUGAGGCACAAUUCAACAAUCUAUCAGCGAGCUCUGAAGCUCCAGCUGAUGAUAAUCAUGUUAGUUCUGAAGCUACCCUUGACCAGAAGCCUGCGUCUGAGGCACCACUCAAAUAUCCAUCAACAAGCUCUGAAGCUCCAGCUGAUGAUAAUCUUGUUAGUUCUGAAGCUACACUUGACCAGCAGCCUAAGUCUGAGGCACCACCAAGCAACCAGUUGGUCAAUUCUGAGACACUUCCAAAUAAUGGUGUGCUACGUUCUGAACAUCAGACUAGUAAUGAGGUGGUUAUAUCUGAAACACAGCAAAGCAAUGAGGCGGUUUUAUCUGAAACACAAGAAAGCAAUGAGGAGGCGGUUUUAUCUGAAACACAGCAAAGCAAUGAGGUGGUUUUAUCUGAAACACAACAGAGCAACGAGGUGAUUUUAUCUGAAACACAACAAAGCAAUGAGGUGGUUUUACCAGAAACACAACAAAGCAACAGGGUGGUUUUACCUGAAACACAGCAAACAGAUGAGGCGGUUUUAUCUGAAACACAGCAAAGUGAUGAGCUGAUUACAUAUGAAACUCAGCCCAACAAUGAUGUAGUCAUGUCAGAUGCACAACUGAGCAGUGAGAUAGUCAUGCCUGAGACACAGCCCAGCAGUGAGAUAGUCAUGCCUGAGACACAGCCCAGCAAUGAAACAGUCAUACAUGAAGCACAGAACAUCAGUGAUGUGGUCAUGUCUGAAGCUCUGCCUGAAAAUGAGUUGGUAAAUUCUGAAGCAGAUCCCAACCAUCAGCUCUCUCAUCCUGAAUCUCUUUCUCAGAAUCACCAGUUUACUAAUUUACACAUGAUUCCUGAAGAUCAGCUGCCCCAACCUGAAUCGCUGCCCAAUUCUGAUCCAGUGCCGAGUUCUGAACCAAUGCCAGACAUUCAUCUCACAGACAUCAAACCGUUACCUCAUAAUCAUCUGGCCCACUAUGAUUCACUGUCCAAUAAUCAUAUGGACCAUUCUGAGGCAGUGUCCAACCAUCAACUAACUCACUCCGAGACACUGUCCCAUGAACAGCUAGCCAAUUCUGAAUUGUUGCCUCAGUACGGGCUGCAAAAUAGUGAAACACUGCACGGCAAUCAGUUAGUCAAUUCUCAACCACACUAUGAGAUAGUCAAUGCUAGCAACAUACCCAGCUAUGAGAUUGUAAAUGCUGAAACUCCAUUGAACAGUGAGGAACCUACUCCUGAAACUCAGCCUAGCAAGAGGAGGAAAAAGAAGUCUAUAGUCUGGGAACACUUCACCAUAGAAACAGUCAGUCCUGGAUGUAGAAGAGCAUGCUGCAAGCAAUGCAAGCAGAGUUUUGCCUACAGCACUGGUUCAAAGGUUGCUGGUACUAGCCACCUUAAACGCCACAUCGCCAAGGGGACAUGCCCAGCUCUUCUGCGUGGUCAAGAUCAGAAUCAGUUCAGCCCUUAUACUCCACGUUCAAGGGGAAGUGAUGCUGCUGGCAAUGCUAGCAGUGCACCAAAGCGACGUUAUAGAUCCCCUAAUACUCCUUACAUCAUUUUUGAUCAAGAUCGUUGCCGCCAUGAGAUUGCUAGAAUGAUCAUUAUGCAUGAUUACCCCCUUCACAUGGUUGAGCAUCCAGGUUUUGUUGCAUUUGUCCAAAAUCUGCAGCCCCAGUUCAAUAUGGUGACAUUUAACACAAUUCAAGGAGACUGUGUUGCAACUUACCUGAUGGAAAAGCAAUGUGUUAUGAAGUAUUUUGAUGGAUUACCUGGACGUGUGUGUCUCACACUGGACGUUUGGAACUCAAGCCAAUCUGUGGGGUAUGUGUUUAUUACUGGACAUUUUGUCGAUAGUGAUUGGAAGUUGCAGAGGAGAAUUCUGAAUGUUGUGAUGGAACCAUACCCUAAUUCUGACUCUGCUCUCAGCCAUGCUGUAGCUGUUUGCAUUUCUGAUUGGAAUUUGGAGGGCAAGCUGUUUUCUAUCACUUGUGGUCAGUCACUGAGUGAAGUUGCCCUUGGGAAUCUCAGACCGUUACUCUUUGUGAAGAAUCCACUUAUCCUCAAUGGUCAGUUGCUGAUUGGAAAUUGCAUUGCCCGAACUUUAAGCAAUGUUGCAGAUGAUUUGUUGAGCUCGGUGCAUCUCACAGUAAAAAAAAUUCGGGAUAGCGUAAAAUAUGUGAAGACUUCAGAGUCACAUGAGGAAAAAUUCCUGGACCUCAAGCUGCAACUUCAGGUCCCCAGUGAAAGGAAGCUUUUAAUUGACGACCAAACCAAGUGGAAUACAACAUAUCAGAUGCUGGUGGCAGCUUCUGAACUACAGGAAGUGUUUUCUUGUUUGGACACUUCUGAUCCUGAUUACAAGGGUGCCCCGUCUAUGCAGGAUUGGAAGCUGGUUGAGACCCUCUGCACAUACUUGAAGCCCCUAUUUGAUGCAGCAAACAUUCUUACCACAACAACUCAUCCCACUGUUAUUACCUUCUUCCAUGAAGUUUGGAAAUUGCAGUUGGAUCUGUCUCGUGCCAUUGUGAAUGAGGAUCCUUUCAUCAGCAACCUUACUAAACCCAUGCAACAAAAGAUUGAUAAGUACUGGAAAGAUUGUAGUGUGGUUUUGGCAAUUGCAGUUGUUAUGGAUCCUCGUUUCAAGAUGAAGCUUGUUGAGUUUAGUUUCACUAAAAUCUAUGGCGAGGAUGCCCAUGAAUAUGUUAAGAUUGUUGAUGAUGGAAUUCAUGAGCUGUUUCACGAGUAUGUGACCCUUCCCCUGCCACUAACCCCGGCUUAUGCAGAAGAAGGGAAUCCUGGAAAUCACCCGAAGACAGGGGGGUCUCCAGGAGGAACUCUGAUGUCGGACAAUGGACUAACAGAUUUUGAUGUCUACAUCAUGGAAACAUCCAACCAUCAAAUGAAGUCUGAGCUGGACCAGUAUCUGGAAGAAUCGCUGUUGCCACGUGUUCCAGACUUUGAUGUAUUGGGUUGGUGGAAGCUAAACAAACUCAAGUACCCUACUCUUUCCAAGAUGGCUCGGGAUAUACUGUCUGUUCCGGUUUCAAGUCUUACUCCUGAAUCUGUCUUUGAUACAAAAGUCAAAGAGAUGGAUCAAUAUAGAAGUUCCUUGCGGCCAGAGACAGUGGAGGCCCUUGUAUGUGCGAAAGACUGGAUGCAGUAUGGAGCAGCCGAAGCUUCCAAUGCGCUCGUGAAAAUGGAGUUCUAGAUUUUAUUUUCAUGUAAUUUUGGUUUAGGAGAGGGUUGGAAAGCCCACGGUUGGACCUUACAAUGUGAAGGGUAUGUGAAAGAAAGCCCACAACAUGCAUUGCGAUAUUUUAUAAACCUGCAAGUUCUCGUUUAGGUGGUUGCACUCUUUAUGUAUGAUGGUAGGUGCUUGUAUUUUACUUGUAGUUCCUAGUUCUCUGUUAGGCCAUCUUGGUGACAUUUAAUGUGUAGAUUUGGACCUGAAUUCCUAAAUUCUAGUUUACUUGUCUGGAUUAGAUGCUAGAACAGAUCCUCUCCUUAAGGUGAUACGUCCUAUGUGAUAAUGUAUGUCCUCAAUAUUCAAUCACCAGGAUUCAGGAGCAUCAGGAAUCCACCUAGUUUUGAUGCAUGUUGCUUAUAGUUAGGAGUCUUUUGCUACCGUAUUGGAUAUGAUUCCCACUGUCUACAGCUGUACGUGGAAUCCACCGCUUUUUUUUUUUUUCCCAGAAAUGUGUCGGUGUUCCUCCAAGCCAUUGCUGAACCGUUAUAAGAUGGCUUAAAAAAUGUGACCGUAAGCUGAUAUAAUGAGAUAGUUUUAGAGAUUAGAGAGUA